UGUGUUCUAUCCAGCUCGGCUGAACUCAACCCACGGUCUGUCUCUAUGUAUAAAUGUAGUUUACUACUACAACAGCUUAGUACACUACGUUAAACAAAUCAGUUUAACAGAAUCCCCAAUUUCGCUCUUCUUAAAGUAAAACCAAAACCCUUCUCUCUGGCGCUCUCUCACUCUCUCUCUCUCUCUCUCUCUCUCUCUUCUUCGCUUCAAGUUCAGGUAAUUAUUCCACACCAAAUGUCUAUUUCUAUUCUCAACAAGAAACACUUUUCAAUCAUUCGGUGUGAUUCUAGCUUCAUAAACCGGAGGAGGCUCUGGCGUUCAUUGAAGGUCCUGUUCGGCACUUGAUUUUUUUUACUCAAGUGUCAUUCUCAUUGCAUCACAUUGUAGGGUAGUGUUCAUUUCUUGUUCCUGUGAAAACAUUGCGUUAUUGGGGAAAGGGUUUUGGGUUUUGUUGAUUAAGAGCAGAUUACACGUUAUUAUUCUUCACUGCUCGUGAGGAAAUUGUUUACUAGAUUUUCAAAGUUAUGGAACUGAGGGAGUACGUUUUGGAUUGCUUGUCGGGGAAAAAGUCGUUUCCCAUUCCUGGGGUUGGGUUUCAUCCCACAGACGUUGAGCUUGUUUUGUACUAUCUAUUGUGGAAAGCUACCAAGAAAAAAUUCCCCGUUGAACUCAUUGCAGAGGUUGAUGUAUACAAGUUUGCUCCUUGGAAACUUGCAGAUGAGUCUAUUGUGAAAGGGGAUCUGGAAUGGUACUUCUUUUGUCCAAUUGAGAAGAAAUAUUUAAGUGGGGAUAGAAGGAAUCGUACCACUGAUGUUGGGCACUGGAAAGUCACUGGAGAUCCUAGAGAUGUUAAACACAACAAUGCAUUGGUGGGCUCAAUAAAAACUUUGAUUUUUUACAAGAAAAAAGGAAAAGCACGAGGGGAACGGACCAAUUGGGUUAUGCAUGAGUAUGGACUUGAUGAUAAUUAUCGGGCUGAGAGAGGAGUUGCUCAGAGUGAACAUGUGCUUUGUAAGAUUUUCCAAAAGGAAGGUGAAGGCCCAAGAAAUAAUGCCCAAUACGGAGCACCAUUUAAGGAGGAAGACUGGAUUGAUGAUGAAGAAGUUAACCGUUCUGCUGGUUUGUCUAUCCCUGCCUCUGUGCUGCCUAAUAACCAUAGCAAUUCACUUGCUGCUGGCACCUCGCAAUUGAACAGCAUGGCAUCUGAAUCAUGUUUUUCUGAAAUUGUGCCAUCCCAGCAUGUGGUGCUUCCAUCAGUUCAAAGCAAUAAUGUUGAUUCAGAGGAGUUACCUCAGGUUUUGGGUAAUGAUGUUUUGUUUUCAACAUCAUUGGUUUCAAAUGAAGAUAAGAAAAAUAAGAAGCCCAUUCAUGAUAGAACUGCUGAAGUUGCACUCCCUGUUGAUCCUAAUUACAAAGACUUGGGAUAUCCGGCUGGACCAAGUGAGGAUGUGCACACUGGUUCUCGGUACAAUGGUCUUAAUAUAAGGGAUCUUGAUAAGCCACUGAAUAUCCAUCCUGAAGCAGGUGAACCCCAGCAUGUUCCAUUCAAUGGCCUCAAUGCUGGACACAACGAUUAUAUUGAUUCAGAGCAGUUUACCACAUCAAAAAAUACCAUUCAUGAUGGAACUGUUGAUGCUGAACUUCCUGUUGGUCCUAUUUUCGAACACUUGGAAGAUCUGGACAACAAAGCUGGACCAAGUGAGGUUGGAGAUGCUUUCCACUCUGGUUCUCUGUACGAUGGUCUUAACAUGAGGGAUCUCGAUAAGCCACUGAAUCCAGAAGCAGGUGAAUCUCAGCACUUUCCGGCCAAUUCUUUUGGUGCUCCUGAGGUCUUAUAUGUGCCACAUCAGUCUUAUCCGUGGCCAGAUUUACCUUGUGAAAUUGAGAAUGUCAGUCACAAUGGAACUGCUGAAGCAUCAUUUCCUUCAGAUGACCCUGAUAUUUUUGAAGGCUUGGAAAAUCUGGACAUUACUACAUCUGGACAUGGAGAUGCCCCUCCUAGUUUUCUGGAAUUUGACAUAGAUGAUCUCUGGAAGAAAUUGUGCUGCCCCUCUGAAACUGGUGAGUCUCAACACAUUCGAACCAAUGACCCAGAGCAAUUUCCAGUCAAUUCCUGUCAUGCUGCUCAGCAGUUACCUGUGUCAGAUCUCUCUCAAAAGGACUCUUCAAACAAAAAAGAGAGAAAAAGAAAAAGGAAAGAACAUAAUGAUGAAAGAAAAUGAAAAACUUUUCUUCUUUCCCAUCGUUUAUAUGUAAUAAAUUGAUGACCUACUUUCAUCGUGUUUGAGUUGUGAUUUAAAUAACCUGAAGUGUUCUGUUUGUAAUAAUUUCCAGUUUACACAGCUAAGCUCCUAUUGCAUUAGCAUGUGAAUGAUUUUACUUUUACUUGAUA